CGAAAUCCUUCGGAGGGCAAGGCGAGGGCUUGGGCGCCUCUCCCGGCUGCGAGGCGCUGGUACCUCCUUCCCUCCAGAUUGAAGCAGGGAAACUAAGAGCGAGCGAGCGAGGGAAGGGAAGGGAAGGGAAGAAAAGAAACGCAGGAACGCGCUCUCUCUCUCCCUCUCCUGCUGCUCCUGUUGUUCGCUUUCUUUCUUCCCUCCCUCAGGAGCCAGGAUUAGCAACAGCCCCAAAGGGCCUCCCCUCGCAGUUCAGUUUACAGCGCUGGGAGUGCCUCAAGGGAAGAGGAGGAGGAGGAGGAGGAGGAAUCCUUCGCCCUUUCCCUCCCUCCUUACAUCUUUCUUUCCCCUUCAACCUGCGGCUGAGAGACGCACCAAGGCUCUUCUUUCCCCUCCUUUUCACCCUCCUCCUCCUCUUCCUUCUUUCCCCCUCUUCCCUCUCUUUCUUUUUCUUCCUUCCCGACAUGGAUUUCUCCUGGAGGUUCAUCCUCCUGUCCUGGUUUUACCUGGAAGCUUCAGCGGACUUUGACGGAAGGUGGCCCAGGCAGAUUCUUUCCACGACAGGAUUGUGCCGAUAUGCAGGCAGAGUCGAUUGCUGCUGGGGCUGGGUUCGCCAUUCAUGGGGCCAAUGCCAACCUUUCUACAUCUUAAGGCAGAGAAUAGCCAGGAUAAGGUGCCAACCCAAAGCUGUAUGUCAGCCUGGAUGUAAACAUGGUGAAUGUGUUGGACCAAACAAAUGCAAGUGUAAUCCAGGAUAUACUGGGAAAACAUGCAACCAAGUCGAACAUCUGUAUGCAAGCUCAUAUGACUGGCCAAGUGAACCGCCUUUUUUCAGCCCUGUGGAACAUCAUGCAACAAAGUUUCCAUGGAGGGAUCUCAAUGAAUGUGGACUGAAACCAAGGCCAUGCAAACAUCGAUGCAUGAACACCUAUGGCAGCUACAAGUGUUACUGUCUAAAUGGAUAUAUGCUUAUGCCUGAUGGAUCAUGUUCUAAUACCCUUACGUGUUCCAUGGCAAAUUGUCAGUAUGGCUGCGAUGUAGUGAAAGGGGAGAUUCGAUGCCGCUGUCCAUCUCCAGGUUUACAACUGGCAUCUGAUGGCAGAACUUGCAUAGAUGUUGAUGAAUGUGCCACUGGGAGAGUUACUUGUCCCCGAUUCAGGAAAUGUGUCAACACUUUUGGAAGUUAUAUUUGCAAAUGUCACAAAGGUUUCGAUUUGAUGUACAUUGGAGGCAAAUACCAGUGCCACGAUAUAGAUGAAUGCUCCCUUGGGCAAUAUCAGUGUGGCAGUUUUGCACAAUGUUACAACACACAGGGAUCUUACAAAUGUAAAUGCAAAGACGGAUACAGAGGUGAUGGAAUGAACUGCAUAACUUUCGCUGCUAUUGAAAAUGAGACGGGCUUUGGCUCAGUUGAGGCACAUGGCAGAAGUGAACAGGAUCCUUUUAAUGUGGUUCUCUCUGAGACGGCAUCUCAGAGGGAGAUGUGGGCUAUUCCCAAAGUCAUGAUUGAUCCAUCUGGCCCAUAUCACGUAUUUAAAGGCAACACAACCUUUCCUAAAGGCGGUGGUGGCAUGAAUAAUAGGAUACCUGAUGCUGGUAUUACAAGACAACCCAUCAAACCACCACAUAUACCAGCCAUAGCUACAGCAAAGCCUACUCCUAGGACAAUAAGGCCAACCCAAAGGCCAACUGUAAAGCCAACACAAAAGACAUUCACCAGGUUUGUAACAAAGCCUGCAACAACCAGACCAGCUUUGAAGCCAGUGACAAGACCGCCACCAGUGACAAGACCUCCACCAGUGACAAGACCUCCAACACCACCUCCACCCAAGCCUAUCACAACAAGAAUAUCAAGAGUUACAACUCCAGAACCACUACAUGAAACAACGAUUCAGCCAGGUUUUACAGCUGACAACAGCAUACCAAUAGAUCCCCAGAAACCACGUGGGGAUGUGUUCAUUCCUCGCCAGCCUGGAGUGAGCAAUAAUCUCUUCGACACAUUUGAAAUCGAAAGGGGGAUCAGUGCUGAUGAGGAUGAAGCAAAUGAUGAUCCAGCUAUCCUUGUUCACAGUUGUAACUUUGAUUAUGGUCUUUGUGGAUGGAUGAAGGAGAAAGAUGAUGAUUUACACUGGGAACCUGUUAAAGACAACUCAGGUGGGCAGUAUUUAUCUAUUUCUGAACCAAAAGGAAAACCAGGACGAGUUGCCCGUUUGGUCCUUCCGCUUGGACGUUUAGCUCCAUCAGAAGAUCUCUGCCUUUUCUUCCGGCAUAAAGUGUCUGGGAUGCAUUCUGGUUUCCUUCAGGUCUUCGUACGAAAGACUGGCGUUCAUGGACCAGCAGUCUGGGGAAGGAAUAAUGGUCAUGGUUGGAGACAAACACAAUUAACAUUGCAAGGAUCUGGUAUCAAAAGUGUAACUUUCAAAGGACAGAGAGGAAAAGGCCAAACUGGCGAAAUUGGAUUGGAUGAUGUGAGCUUGAGGAAAGGCCCGUGCUCCCAAGACCACUAGUGAUACAGACAGACUGACAAAGAGAACAUACUUUAUUGUCAAUGUCUCUUAGCCAGGACAGGUAUUGGGUGGAUUCAUUUUUCUCCCUUGUCUUUGUGAAAUCCCAAAGGACCGGCAUCUAAACAAAGAACAUUUUCUGUCCGGAAAAAACGAGUGCCAACUUGCACUGAAGAUUGUAAUUAACUCAUCCAACUCUUAAAUGUAUGUGAUAAAGGCAUCCUGAAUUCUGAAUUAUGGACACAAAUAUCCUUUGUGAAGAAGAAACUGUGACCAGACAUAAUCAACAGGAUCCUUUAGUAUGCAUAACAUUUUUAUAAUGGUCUUUUGUGCAUUUUGUUGUUUAUACAAUAUCAUGGAGCUGGUUCAGUUUCAUGAACACUCUGAACUGCGGUGGUUCUAUUGCUAUUAAAUUUUAAACGAGUGUUUUUACAUACACACACAUAUAUAUUUAAUAACACUUAUUCUUUUUCUCUCUUUAGAGACAAUUAUAGAGUAGGCACUGCAUCCCUUAAUAUUCGUAGUGCUGUGUUCUGUAUAAAUAUGUAUGAAUACUAAUGUAUUUAUAUAUGGAGUUUUUUGUUGAAAAAAUUAGUUGCAAGGUAAAAUGGCAGCUAUACGCAUCAAAGUUGGACUAAUAUAUAGGUAUCCACACUAACACUUCUGAGAAAUUGCUCCUUUUCAAGUUUGUCAUUACAGUAGUAAUAAUCACUUUCUCUAAAAUAGCAAUUUAUUUUAUAAAAAGACUGAAGAGAACAUAUACUUACCUAUUUAGGAGAUCACUGAUUCUCUGAGUAUGAUGGCCUUCCAAGUGUAGUCUCUUGGUGGUGGGUACGCAGGUGACUGUGGAACCCUAUUCUUGACCCGCAUGUUCUUCCACAGUGAGGGCAUCAGUUUCCAGGUGGAAUGCGGUCCCGGUCAGGUUGACUUCUCACGCCUUCCUCUUGGCAUGUUUUUCCCUUUUGCCCUCCAUUCGUGCCUCUUUGAAUUCCACAGCACUACAGGUCACAGUUGACCUCCAGUUAGAGUGCUCAAGGGCCAGGGCUUUCCAGUUCUUGGUGUCUAUGCCAUAGUUUGUGAGGUUAGCUUUAAGCCAAUCUUUUAAAUCUCUUUUCCUUUCCACCAACAUUCUGUUUCCCAGUAUUAUCUCCCAGUUUUUGUUAAAAAGGAUCAAGUCGCAGACCUGAAUAUUUUCAGAAGUAACUGAUUGUGGUAAAACAAUCACAGCAAACCCACAGGUCACAACUUGAACCAGCUGGUAUCCAUGGUUAUAAGUUGCCAUGGCAUUUUUUGGAGGCAACAACUCACUCUUCUGCUUUCCACAUAUGUGCCCCCCUAUGUAAAUUCAUAUAUAUUGUUCAUACUUUUCUAUUCAUAUGUAGGUAGUUUUAUUCAUACGAAGCCCCCGGUGGCACAGCGGGUUUAAGUGCUGAGCUGCUGAACUUGCUGACCGGUUCAAAUCUGGGAAUGGGGUGAGCUCCCACUGAUAGCCCCAGCUUCUCCCAACCUAGUAAUUCGAAAACAUGCUAAUUUGUGUCGAUCAAUAGGUAUCGCUUCGGUGGGAAGGCAAUGGUGCUCCAUGCAGUCAUGCUAGCCAUGUGACCUUGGAGGUGUCUAUGGACAACAUCGGCUCUUCAGUUUAGAAAUGGAGAUGAGCAACACCCUCCAGAAUCGGACAUGACUAGACUUAAUGUCAACCAGAAACCUUUACUUUCUUUAGGUAGUUCAGUCAUUGGUACAGUUGAGUUGACCAAUAAUGGGCAAUGGAAAUAAUGCAAAUAAAUUGUAUUAUUUUGCUUCUGGAACAUGGCCAUACAGCUGGAAAACUCACAGCAACCCAGUGAUUCCAGCCAUGAAAGCCUUCGUCAACACAUCAAUACAAAUAAAAUCAGCUAGUUUAUGGUAGUAACAGAAUGCACUGAAAUUCAUUUCAGCGAUUACACUCAUUUCUUUGAAUGAUCCUAUCAUGCAGUUCCUUGCUUUGGUUCUCAGAAUGGUGGUAUUGAAUAAACCAUCUGUAUAGAUAACAAUUCCGGUAGAAUGGGAUAAAACACUGUUGAUCCUGUUUUAUUUUUAUAGUUUGUAUUGUAAUCUUGAGACAACUGUGGAAUUCUUUAAAUUUCUGUUGUUGAAGCUAGUUGGACAGCUGAACAGCAAGCUCUGAUGUGUAAAAGCAACUUGCCUCUUCAACUAAGUAUGUAGUCAAGUCACAUUAACAGCAUUUGUGACCACUUCAACUGUUUUUAUAUGAGGUUCUUAUGUGUACCUCAUGUGUAUACAUAGAAUUGCAAGGUUUCAGUCUGUAUUUUAGAAUUAUAAUAUUUAAAAUGCCAAUGAGAAGUGUUUAAUUUCUUUAGGUGAUGCUCUAUUUGAAAUUGAAACAACCAAUACUUGUAAUGUACCAUAAUCAUUUGUUUGUACAGACCAAACAUUAUCUUUUUAUUUUAAGGACGUUUUGAAAUGUAGCUGUAUUUGAAUGUUCUGUUAAUAUUACAAUUGCUGUGGCAAUACAAUCUUGAAAUGUAAAGUAUGGAUUAAAGGCAGUGGGCACAAUCAUGCAAAAA